GAGGUAACAAAAGCAUGGACCACUAAUACAAACAUUAGAUUGGAUUUAAAUGUGACACACUGGAGCUUUAAGAGUUUAGAGUUUGUUAAACAGAGGAGAAAAUGGAGCAAUAUUCUCCAAUAUAAUAUAGUAGUAUAUAUAGUAUAUAGUAUAUGAGUUAAUUAAAGGCUACAGGUGAGAUGGUGCAGAGGUGUUUGUGGUUGAUUUCAUUAAAGAUGUGCUCACAUUUCCCGACCCAGCUCAAUAACACAAUAAUGUUAGAACGCCACAAAUGAAGUAAUCACAACACGUAGAUUUUUCCCGUUAAUAUCAAAUACAUGAAGUACUAAAGUGAAACACAUGGGAGCAAAUAAAUCAACUAUCAUGAUGUGGAGCAGCUUGUGCCCAGGUAGGCCUGUGUUCUCAAACAGUAUGACUCACAGUUCAUUCAACAGAGAUAUCCUUUUAUAUAUCCACGUCGUCACAGAGACUUAAUUCUUUGAUUGGGCAGAUUGAUUUCAGCGUCCACUCUGCUCAUCAUCAAUAACAGUGCAUUUCUUAAAAUUUAAUUAUCUUUUGAUCACCCAAUUAAACCUUUUAAAAGAAUGUGUUGCAUCAGCUCGUCCUCAGAUUGUCAGUAACAUUUUAAAAUCUUAAACUCAAUUAGUUUAUGGUCACAAACAGCUGAUUACUGACAUAUGUCUCUGUAAGUCUGUGAUUGCUUGUAAAUGAAACACGUCUUAGGUGUGUUUGUGUUGAAUGAAUCAGAUGAAUCACUGACUGAACUCUGUGACACUCAGGGCUGCUGGCCGUUUGCUCCUCUCAUGAUCAAUCUGCUGAUCAGUUUAUUGAUUCAUGAUUGAUCAGUCAAGCCUCAGAAAGUGUCCAUCAGAUUCCUCUGUGUGGAUCCAGAGGACGACGUCCUCAAUUGAUGUCUGACAGUCUGAAGACGUCAGAUCUUUAUUUCACUGUAACAUCAGAUAACUGUGUGGACUCUCUGCAGGAGCUCUGCACUCCAUGUUGGGAGCCAUGGAUAACAGAGUGUCUGAGGAGGGCAUGAAAGUGUCCUGUACACACUUCCAGUGCUCAGCAGGAGCGUUUUCCUACCUGAGAGAUCAUUUCAGUCACAACUUCAGCGUGGACAUGAGCCACCAGAUCCUCAACCUCAACAUCAACCUGAUGCUGGGACAGGCUCAGGAGUGUCUUCUGGAGAAGUCCAUGUUGGACAACAGGAAGAGUUUCCUGGUUGCUCGAAUCAGCGCUCAGGUGGUGGAUUAUUAUAAGGAGGCGUGCAGGGCUCUGGAGAACUCGGAGACAGCGUCCAUGCUGGGAAAGAUUCAGAAAGACUGGAAGAAACUGGUUCAGAUGAAGAUCUACUACUUUGCUUCUAUCGCACAUCUUCACAUGGGAAAACAGGCCGAGGAGCAGCAGAAGUACGGAGAGCGGCUGGCGUACCUGCAGAGCUCCUUGGACAAACUCACUGAAGCAAUCAAGCUGGCCAAGGUAGGACGGAGCAACACCUGACUGACUGCAUCAUUUUAGGCCCUGUGUCCACUG